GGGGUUUGGUUAAGUUAAGUGUUUGGUGACAGUGAGAAAGGUUGUUUGAGUCAGCAAUCAGCAUCAUCGUAUAGUAAGGUCUCUCUGAGAUUCAUGGCUUCCUCGCGGCGAGGGCACUCCAAGGCUCAAAUGUGCUUCUUCAAGAUUCUCCGCAUAAUCUCAUCCACUACUCCUCCCUCUCCCAACACCAAAGGCAUCAACAUCGAUUUGAAUCUCACUUUCUCAUCCCAAUCUUCCACCGCACCCCAACAACAACAACAACAACAACAGCAACAACAACAACAACAACAGCAGCAGCAACAACAACCGCUUCCGGUCCACGUGUCCGACGACGAAGCCAAGCGCCACGCGGAAACGGAGUCCGAGGAGACGGCGGCGGCGUUUGGGGAGAGCAAUUGCCUGGAUUUGCUGAUCGAGGCGGCGAGGGUGCUGGACGAGUCGGACUCGGAGGGCGGCGAGUCCAGGACUCGGAGGGGGGGGAAGCGGUGGGUGGUGGUGGAUUUGUACGGUGCUGACGUGGCGGAGGAGAGGGAGCCGGUGGUGAGGUCGAAGCGAGGGAGGAACCAGGCCUUGCCGUGCCGGCUUAGAGACUCCGUCGUCGAACCCUUGAAACGCGCCACGCGUUCGCAGAGACCAACGUCCACACCGCAACUCGCUAAACGACUGCUUAGGUCCUCCUCCACUACGUGAAACGCAUGAAUACGUGCUCAUGUUUCACUGACACAUGCCAUCUCCAAAUCCUCCUCCAAAAACUCUCGUUUGAAGAAAAUGUCUUGUAGACACGACAUGAGGAGUAAGAGUAGGGGAGACAAUGAAACAGAGGUUGUGGAUGCGAAAAUGCAUGUUUAGUUAUUAAAAAAUUACUUGUAUUUAUAUGAUAUAUGCGAGAACAAUGUAUGUUGUCGGCUUCAAACUUCACAGAUGGAAAGAAACUAAUGUAGAAGGGUAUUUAUUUUUUUCUUCUUGGACCUUGGUUAUCGUGUUACAACUUAGAAAGUACGACCCCUCAAUCUGCUAUAGCAUUUACUUGUAAACAGUUCGAUUGCAGUUUAUGGUAUUCAAAUGAAUUCAAUGGUCUGUA